CAAAUAGGUUACGGGUGAUCCUUCCAUCAUUGAUUGCUUAUCUAGCUUGUUUGAAGAAACCAUGGAUCCAGGCUAGCGUCAUGGUUCUGCAUCACUACCUACUAUAUCCACGUGGCCUCCAGCUUUUACAUCUUCUGAACACGUUUCGCUUUGACGUUCCGCUGUCAUGAAAGCCCUAUUUAAAGAGGAUUGGGUCGUACGUAAAUUGUCGAGCGGGAGAAACACAAGCUCAUCUCAGCCCAAGCCAUUCUUGAUAUCACAUAUACGAAGAGGUGCCUAAGGCCCGUCAUAGCAACAACGUCACCGAGUUGAUUUCACCUAGACCUGAACUGGAACCAGCUCGACCAAGCUUCAUCAGCCAUGCACGCCUAUAGGAUCGAGCCCUGUACGCUCGCCGACGCCCCGGCCCUGGCGCGCAACAACAUGAGCGCCUUCUGGACGAACCAGAGUUGGUAUCUCCUCUGGCCCAAGGGUACCAAGCUCGACUUUCUCAUCGAGCAGGCCGCUGAGCGCAUACCCAACAAUCUCGUCCGCAACCGCGAGACUCUGCGCCACCAAAAGGCGGUCGACCCGGAAACCGGAGCGCUCCUUGGUUACGCGCGCUGGAAGCUGCCGGCCGGGUACGAGGGGGCCGUCGAGUGGGACGGCUCGCAGAUUGCAGACGUGAGCGAGGAGGAGAAGCGAGCGCUCAAGGAGCGGUCGGACGCGGCGUGGUGGGAGCCGAUCUCCAUGAAUGAGAUUGACGACUGCACGCCGGAGAAGGAGCGUCUCCUGGCCAAGAAGCCAUACAUCUGUGAGUGAUUCCCGCCAAUGGUGGACUGCGCUGGGCUGGAAGUUACCACAUCAUCUUUCGCUCCCCGGUGCUUGGAGCACAGAAACUAAACCCCCCGAGGAAUAAAGCCCUCGAAUACCUUGCCGUUCAUCCCGAGAACAAGGGCAAAGGGAUUGCCACCGCGCUUGUUGAAAGUGGCAUCAGCCUGGCAGAGAAGGCGGGCGUCGACAUCUUGGUAUUGGCCUUCGAAGCAGCCUUGAGCAUCUACAAGAAACUCGGCUUCAAGGAAAUCCAUCGCGGGUACCAGGACAAUACCAAGUACGGGGGCGAUGGCUACUGGGUGACGAUACUGGUGUACGAGGUGAACAAGGCGAGCUCAUGAGCAUGCGCCGCCAACGCAUUGCAUAAACAGAUGA